UGACCAUCUGGUUAAAGAGAGAGAAACUGACCAUCUGGUUAAAGAAAGUGAUAAAGACCAUAAUAAGAGAUGAGAGCAGAACUGAACUGACCGGUCUGUUUCCCGCAGCUCCAACAUGAACUCUUCCUCCUCUGAUGUGAACCAAAGCAGCUCUCCUUUCUGCCUGCUGGGCCUGGGAUACUCCUACAACCUCAACACCUGCGUGCUGGAGGUGUCCGUCAUUCUCUUCCUCACCAUCCUCAUCAUCAGCGGCAACCUGGUGGUGAUCUUUGUGUUCCACUGUGCUCCACUGCUUCACCACCACACCACCAGCCACUUCAUCCAGACCAUGGCCUACGCAGACCUCCUGGUGGGGGUGAGUUGCCUGGUGCCCUCCCUGUCCCUGCUCCACUACCUCAAGGGGCUGGAUGAGGAGCUCACCUGUAAGGUGUUUGUCUACCUGGUGUCUGUGCUGAAGAGUGUGUCCAUGGCGUCUCUGGCAUGUAUUAGUGUUGACCGCUACAUUGCUAUCACACGGCCGUUCUCCUAUGCUACGCUCGUCACACCGUGUCGCCUGCGCGUCUGUAUCGGCCUCAUCUGGCUCUACUCCGCCCUCAUCUUCCUGCCCUCCCUCUUCGGGUGGGGGAAGCCUGGCUACCACGGAGAUAUAUUUAGCUGGUGUGCAACCUCGUGGCAGACCGAUCCGGGCUUCAGCUCAUUCAUCGUGGCUCUGCUGUAUGCUCCAGCCACCCUCACUGUGUGUUUCACCUAUGGGAGUAUCUUCCGCAUCUGCCGUCAGCACACCCGCAAGAUCACCCAACGCCUCACACGCUUCGGCCCCCAGGGGAACGAGAGGGGCGAGCGUGGUGAAGGGUGCCUGGAUAAGCGCUACGCCAUGGUGCUGUUCCGAAUUACCAGCGUGUUCUACGUGCUCUGGAUGCCCUACAUCGUCUACUUCCUGCUGGAGAGCGCCGGCCUCUAUUGCCACCUGGUGGCCUCCUUCCUCACCACAUGGCUAGCCAUCAGCAACAGCUUCUGCAACUGCCUCAUCUAUAGUCUCUCCAACAGCAUGUUCCGGAAGGUCCUGGGCCGCCUGUUCACGUCACUUUUCUCCCCCUGUCUGGAACUGGACUGCUGCACCGAGGGGAAGAAGGGUCCUGCUCCACCCAGCCAGCGCCCAGCCCAGGCCUGCUAGGUGUGACAGUCUCCUACAGACACUGUCUGGUUGGUUAGCUACAGUAAGCUAAGGUAUCGGCUUUAGCUCCUGGUGAGUGCAGUGUAUUACUACAUUGCAUGUCACAGGGUGUCUCUCUACAAUGGUAGUGCAUAGACCCCUGAGGCCAGGCCAGAGAGGUGCCCAUGUCUAUGCCCUUCAUUUCAGAGGGGUGGUUUACAGACGGUAGCAGGUGGGGUUUUCUCCAGUCUUUUUCUGCAGUGUUCUCCCAAGCGUGGGCUGUCUGUUUCUGGCUGUGUGGAUCACCACUGUGCGUGGAGGAGAAGGUGUAAGGUAGUUUAGAUGAACAUCAGAAUGGAUCUGAGGAAAAAAGUAGCAACUCCAGUCGUAUAGCUUUGGUGCCAUGUUUGGCGCCUGUGAACCUUUAGCCUACCAAAUAUCUUCCAAAUGCAAAAAAAUGACAAUAUCAGCACAACACGACUUGUAUUGUGUAAACCACUGCAGUGAAAAACGUUAUUUCAACAUUGAUGCAAAACUGUUACAUUGUGUUCCUUCAGGGUAGACAAUAGUGAAUCAAAACAAGUAUUUCGAAACAAAAGUACUAAAAAGACUGUAUUUCUUCUCUUAGAAACUGCCACAGACAGACAGUUUCAGUUUUGUAGCAAUUAUUGAAAACUUCAAAUAUUUGAGGGUCAAAUUAUCUGUUAAUGAUGCUGUGCACUACAUUAUAGUAUUACAUACAGAAAGGAUACCAGUUACCAGUAACAGUCAGUUUCCGAGAAAAUCAUUUAGUUUGUUCAGAAGCGUAUUUUGUGUAUUUUAUCCAAAGGAUUCUUCUAGGCGGGAAUGUUGAUGUAUAAAAUUGCCAAUUUUGGCAAGAUGGCCGACUCUAUGCCCACCGGCAUUCUGGUUUAUCAUGGACCUAUGUCUUCAUUCUGCAUUCUCAACAGGGAGACAAGUAGAUUUAAUUGAGAAUUGUAUUUUCUGUCCAUGUUCCCUCCUCAGGUUGAACGUCAGUUGUUUGUUCACCCUUAAUUGCUGAUGCCUUUAGACUGGUCUUGAGACUGCAAAUGCAUGACAUGCUCCACAUUAUAAUAUGACAGCAAUAACAUAGUCAAGAUUUUCUUAUAGAUUGGAAUUGCAUCAUGUUAGGCAUGCUACCGAUCCAGAUGCACAACAAAAUACAAAGAGAGACACACUCAUUACUGUGUGCAUGCUGACUACUUACAGUCGAGCUAUUCUCUCCCUCUGUGCUCUCUGGCUCCUGAUAUCUGUACAGAUGAACUGAGUGGAGGAGUAGCACAUUAAUCAGAGGUCUAGACUGUCCUUCUAGAAGGCAGUGGGGUCAUGGAGACAAUGUGUUUCUAAGGGUUUCAUGUAAAGUAGGUUUAGGUGGAACUCCAGUGGGUCUCGAAGGCUUUUAUGGAAAGUAGACUUGUGAAUUUCAUAUAGGUUUCUAUGUGAACUAAGUUAGAUCUGAUAUGUAGGAUAGGAGAGCAGACUUUGGACAGUGUAAACUUCAUUGAAACAAUACAAUAAAAGGUGCAACAGUGA